AUGCCCGUUCGGAUAUCGUCGCCAGCGUCAUCGCUAGAAGCUGGCCCAUCACGAAAAUCGCAGGUUCAUCGAGCACCAGCCUCAUCUGAAGAUGAGGAGGAUGAACUGAUCGAAGAGGAAGGUUGGACUAGAGAUACCUUCGAGAACAGAACGAUAAGUAAGAAUACCACAGCAGCUAUCCCUAUGCUGAGAGGAAUGAUGGACAAGUUGAAGGAUGUUAUAAGUCGUAUAGAAGAAGGAUUGGACAAUGCAAAGGAGACAGCUGUAGCUUUGGAAGAUUCGAAACAAGAUGAACCCUCUAUAGCAGAAGUGGAAACUGCUUUCUUUCGAGCUUUAGAUCAAAGACAAUUACUUCAAAUCAGGAUUGAGAUUUUGGAAGAUAUGAUCAAUCAACUCAGAGCAGGGGAAGAAUAUUCAGAUAUAGAAUCUGCUUAUCAGGAAGUGGUAACAACGAGAGAAACUGAAUAUAUGGCUAAAUCACAACGAGCGAAAUACAAGAAUUUGAAAGAAUAUGCGGAUUUCCGUUCGGCUUUAUGGGAAAUUAACCAUACGACAGCAUGUCCACCUGUAUCUCAAUGGCUUGAAAAAGAUGCGGAUGAAGAGUCGGAUGAUGAUGAUUUCGAUAUGGGUGGAGCUACUCAAAGUUAUAAAUGUCCUAUCACUCUAAUGCUUUUCAAAGACGCUACUACCAGUUCUAAAUGUGGUCACAACUAUUCUCGAGAAGCUAUAAUGAAUCUGAUAGAUAAUAUGCGUAAGGCCAAAAGAGCAUCAAAAUGUCCUGUGACGGGAUGUUCAGCUAUUCUCGAUAAGACUGAUCUGAAGGCCAAUCCAAGUCUUCAAAAACGUGCGGACGAAUUUGACAGACGUCAAAAACGUAGAGAGGAAGAGAAAGAGGAAGCUGAUGAAACUAUUGCUCUUGAAGAUGAGGAAGAUUUCGACUAA